AGUCAUUUGACAUCCGUACCACUUGCAAGCUAGCAUCAAUUUGUCUUAGCUAGCGUCUGUUUUCGCUGUGUGUUUGAUGAGUAGGGGAGGAAAGCAGAGAUGUGGUCCUUUUUUGCCAGGGAUCCCGUCAAGGACUUUGCUUAUGAAAUUCUACCAGACACCCAAGAAAAGUCUGGAAUAUGGAGUCUACAUCGGGGAAAGCGAAAGUCUACUGGAGAGCCGGUGUCUGUGUUUGUGUACGAGGUAGCACAGGGAACGGAGCAGCAGACACAGCUGGCCAAGGCUGCCUUUAAGAGAAUGAAGACCCUGCGUCACCCUAACAUCCUGGCCUACGUCGAUGGAUUAGAGACAGAGAAGAGCCUGUACUUGGUCACAGAGCAGGUGACUCCCCUUGCUGUUCAUUUGAAAGCCAGGGCAGAGACUGGUGGCUCUGGAGAGCUAGAGAUCUCAUGGGGACUGCAUCAGAUAGUGAAAGCUCUGAGUUUCCUGGUCAAUGACUGCCACCUCCUCCAUAAUAACUUGGGUGUAUGGGCUGUGUUUGUGGAUCGAGCUGGUGAAUGGAAGCUAGGAGGCCUUGACCAUGUGGCCCCUGAGCAGGGUGACCCAAGCGGGGUCUCACUCCCUGCCCCCAAGGCUGUGUACCCAGACAUGGAGAAAUAUGACCCACCAGAGACACCCAACAGCAGUGGAGAAAAAUGGGCAGGGGAGGUGUGGCGGCUAGGCUGCCUGAUUUGGGAGGUGUUUAACGGGCCGCUACCUCGCACUUCCUCCCUCCGUUCUCUGGGAAAGAUUCCCAAGGCUUUGGUUCCUCAUUACUGUGAGCUGGUGGGUGCCAACGCCCGCGUCCGGCCCAACCCAGCUCGUUUUCUCCAGAACUGUAGAAGCCCUGAGGGAUUCCUCAGCAACAGCUUUGUAGAAAGCAACCUUUUCCUAGAAGAGAUACAGAUCAAGGAGCCAGCAGAGAAGCAGCAGUUCUUUCAGGAUCUGAGUGACCAUCUGGACACCUUCCCUGAAGACUUCUGUAAACACAAGGUCCUGCCACAACUGCUCACCGCCUUUGAAUUUGGAAAUGCAGGUGCUGUCGUCCUCACGCCGCUCUUUAAGGUGGGAAAGUUUCUUUCAGCUGAAGAAUACCAGCAGAAGAUCAUCCCUGUUAUUGUGAAGAUGUUUUCAUCCACAGACCGAGCCAUGAGGAUACGACUGCUACAGCAGAUGGAGCAAUUCAUUCAAUAUCUGAAUGAGGCAGCAGUCAACUCUCAGAUUUUCCCUCAUGUUGUUCAUGGCUUCACAGAUACCAACCCUGCUAUCAGGGAACAGACCGUUAAGUCUAUGUUGUUGCUGGCUCCCAAACUGAAUGAGAGCAACCUGAACCAGGAACUGAUGCGUCACUUUGCCCGGCUGCAGGCUAGAGAUGAACAAGGCCCGAUAAGAUGCAACACCACUGUGUGCCUGGGCAAGAUCGCCUCCUACCUCAACGCUGGGGCUCGACAGCGAGUCCUGAUUUCUGCCUUUUCACGAGCUACUAAAGAUCCCUUCCCAGCUUCUCGCUCUGCUGGUGUGUUGGGCUUUGCCGCUACACACAACUACUACAGCCUAACAGAGAUUGCCGCCCGCAUCCUGCCCACACUGUGUGCUCUUACUGUUGACGCUGAUAAGAGCGUCAGGGAUCAGACAUUUAAAGCCAUCAAGAGUUUCCUUUCUAAGCUGGAGACAGUAUCAGAAGACCCCACCAUGUUAACUGAAAUUGAGAAAGAUGUAGGGUCAUGUGCACAGCCUGCAGGUGCGUCUUCCAGUUGGGCCGGCUGGGCUGUGACGGGAAUGUCCUCGCUAACGUCUAAGCUGAUCCGCAAUGCUCCAGGAACUGAGGGGGCUGCAGUAGCCGACGACGGCGGGUCUGCCGCCGCUAGUCCCACUGGUUCCACAGACACCACACCUGCACCAGCUUCAGUAGAUAGAACUCCACAAACGUCUCUGAGUCACCAUCCUGCCAGUAGUCGUGCCAACCAGUCACAGACUCAUGAAGUGACAGAAAAUGACGAUGAGGCAGUAGGAGAGCGGUGGGACGAUGAGGAGGACUGGGGGAGUUUGGAGGAGCCAGAAAAAGGUCACGUUGAGGUAGAUGACUGGAACACAGACUGGUCAGGAACGUCUUCAUCCAGGAAGAAGGCCAGCAAUAAAGGAGUGGGUUGGUCGUCCUCUUCCUCUAUGGUGGUGAAGAAGCAGAGCUCUGACUGGAGCAGCUCUGGCUGGGAUGCUGAUGACAGUUGGUCCAACGAGAAGGAAGGACAGGGUCAAAGCUCCGCAGGCGAGGAAGGCUGGGGCAACGACUGGGGGGAGGAGGAGACGGACACAAGCGUGCUCAAUAAGAAUGUUCCAUUGCCCGAAGGAGUGCGAUUAACCAGCGAGUACAACUGGGACACCGCAGGGAAGGGAGGCAAUCAGAACGAUCUGUUUGCAAGUGUGUCGCAGAGAAACACGGCCGCGGCUUUACCCACGGGUGGAGAUGGAUGGACUGCUGAGGCGACAGGCGACUGGGGAGCUGAGGAGAGCUGGGAGUCGGUGGAGGGAAGCCAGGGUCUCAGCAAGGCUGAGCUUUCCAAAAAGAAACGAGAGGAGCGAAGGAAAGAGCUGGAGGCCAAACGGGCGGAGCGCAAAGCUGUCAAAGGUCCACUGAAGCUGGGCGCACGCAAGCUAGACUAAUGGGGAUGCAAAAAGACAGACCGCAGUGGGGAUGCUGAUGGAGGGUUGACAUUCCACAAAUCAAAGGACCAAUAAGUGUUGGCACAGGAGAAUAUACUGUAAACAAUCACAAUAAGGGUGGUGGCUCGGUGGUCGGGCAGAGGAACAUGUUACUCCUCAGCUUUAAAGGAACUACAGACGCCUGAUGUUGACAUGAGACGAGACACUCCUUGGAGCAGAGGCACAAUUGGAUCAACAUGAGUCUGCGGAGAGAGGCUGUGUAUAAACCCCCAUCUUGUGUAAAUGACGUGAAGAAAUGUGCGUUUAAAACAGGUAGAACUAUAUAUAAGGGAACUUCAGAAUUAAAUAUGUUUUAGUAGACACAUGCACACAGUGGAUAUGAAUGUUUUAGUUUAGCUAUCGCAAAUUUAAGAUGUAAAAUCACUCUGUGCAUGCAGUUGUGUAUAUGUGUGGCCUAACAAAAGGCCUCAUGUGUUGGACAAUUUGCACAUACAACAAUGUGUUUACUGAACUGACCUGACAAACGAUUCUGCUGGGUUUAGAUCUGGAAAUGGGACCGGUGCGCUGCAGAUAGACGGAACAGAUCAACUGUGAUCGGGUCCUGAUGGAGGUCACUUAGUGUUGUCUUCUUCGUUCUUUCCCUUUCAUGAACUGUAGGAAAUCCUGGAAGCCUGUGUCUUUCAUUCUUACCUCUACUGUCAUAAAGGUUUCAACAACAUUUGAGAAUCAUUUUAUAGCUAUAGUCAGUGUCUGAUGGGAUUUGGGUAAAAGAGAAGUCUGCUCUUUUAUUUGUGCCUUUAUUUAACUGCUUUACAUGAAAUAAUUUUGUUUCAUGUUUUUUUUUUUGACUUUUUAGUCAAAAGUAAUUGCAAUGGCAUUCUGGCAGUGUUGCUUCACAGAAAUAAGGUCCUGUCUGGUAAGACGGCCUGUUUGUUGGUGAUAAUCAGUUCCUCUUGCUUUACACUGUGGACACCUGUUCCUGUCUCCUCACUUACAAAUAAGCUAUAAAACAAAAACAUGAUAAAGUUGUAUGUGGUUCAAUUAAUGAAUAA